UCAGCACAAACGGACAUACACGGAAUAGCGCAAUUGAGACGGUAGACAGGAAAGGCGGGCUUAUUGGAUUCGGAAGGUUGUUUAUGCCAAACCCCGAUCUUCCAUUCCGUCUGCUAAAGAACAUCGCGCUUGAGCGGGGUGACCAAGCAACAUGGUACAUGGCCGGUAAUCUUACACCAACAGGUUAUUCGGAUUGGCCCUAUGCGCCAGAGAAUGAUCAGCAGAUAAGCAGAUUGUGACAUGGCUUUACAAGUAAUAUACCUUGGAAUAGAGUAGAUGUUGACUUCACACUUCUGAUACCUUACUGUCUAUACCUGAUAUCAUGAUC